CUUUGAUAUCUGUCUUGACACACACUGUUUUGACAUUUAAUUUACUAGAACUAAGCACUUGUUAUUUAAUUGGUUAAAAAAAAUAUAAGAAAAUUAUUAAAUUUAUAAAUUAAAACGCUAAACUUAUUAAAACAACUACUUCGAAAUGUCUUAUUUACUGCAAAAUAUAAAAACCUCCAGUAUGAUGCAAGCCGUUAAAGCUAUACGAUUCAAUCAAACGCAACAGUCUCAACUCUUACACACGACACCGGUGUGCAACGAAAUACGCAAAUUGGCCCGUUUGCGUGUGGUGGACAACAGUGAUUUGGGCAAAAGAGCUAUGGCCGAGGGACGUCCACCACGUUGUAUACAUGUCUAUAAUAAACGUGGUAUUGGUCUUAUAGGCGAUAAAGUCCUGGUGGCCAUUAAGGGUCAAAUGAAGAAGGGCAUAUUAGUGGGCUUAAAGCAAAAACAAAGGCCUAAGAUUCCCAAAUUCGACAGCAAUAAUUUGGUUUUGAUCGAUGACAAUGGUACACCGUUGGGCACUAGAAUACAUGUACCCGUACCCACUAUACUGAGAACAAUACUUAAGGAGAAAACCCAGGCUAAGGGUGCUGAUUACACCAAAGUCUUGGCCAUAGCAAGUAGAUUUAUUUAAAAAAAGUGAAUUACAAAUGUUUUGAAUAAAAUUUAUUGUUAAAACUGAAAAAAGCUA